AUGGAGGAAGAGAUGAAGGAGAAGAUCAAGAAGACGGUGCUAGAGAUUCUGAAUGAAUCGGAUAUGGCAGAGAUGACAGAGUUCCAGGUCCGUAAACUCGGUUCGGAGAGACUCGGCGUCGAUCUCUCUGAGAAAUCUCACAAGGCUUAUGUGCGAAGCGUCGUGAAUUCGUUCCUCGAUGAACAGAAAUUGAAAGAAGCUGAGCAACCGGAGAAGGAUGAAGAAGUAGAAGCCGAAGCAGAAGAAGAAGAUGGAGCUAAGGAGGGAGCUCGUAAAGGAAACAAAGAGUUCGACGAUGCCGGAGAUCUCAUCAUUUGCCGGCUUACGGAUAAGAGAAGAGUGACGAUUCAGGAGUUUAAAGGAAAGACUUUGGUUUCCAUUAGAGAGUAUUACAAGAAAGAUGGUAAAGAGCUUCCUACUUCUAAAGGAAUAAGCUUAACGGACGAACAAUGGUCAACGUUCAAGAAAAACAUUCCAGCCAUCGAAAACGCUGUCAAGAAAAUGGAAUCGCGCGUCUGA